CGCAGACGACUAUACGACUACCGACACACGUUGUUUUUCUCUCUGUGGACAUUUCUACCGAUUUUUCGGAUAGAGGACGUUUAUACAGACACACAAGGCAACCCAAGGCGCUGUCGCUUUAAAGCCGACACCUCCCCCCACCCCCCCACCCAAUAUUGGAGCCCCCCCCCCUCAAAAAAAAUCACCCGGAUAACAUGGACGGCUUCUAUGACCAGCAAGUCCCAUUUAUGGUCCCACCCAAUCACAAGUCCCACGUAGAGGAACCAUCCCACAGCAGGCCUCUGAACGACAGGAAGAGGAAAUUUGUGGACACAGAACUCGCCCAGGACACAGAAGAACUCUUCCAAGACCUCAGUCAGCUGCAAGAGAUCUGGAUCGCAGAAGCCCAGGUGCCUGAUGACGAGCAGUUUGUCCCAGAUUUCCAGUCGGAUAGCUUAAUGUUUCAUGGCCCGCCACCAGCCAAGAUCAAGCGAGAGCUGACUCCCUCCAAAGAGCUUUCUCCCUGUCACCAGGAGAGGAGUCCCAUGCCCUACGGAGAGAAGUGCCUUUACAGCUACAGUGCCUGUGACAGGAAGCCCACCCCCGGGUUCAAGCCAUUAACUCCUCCCUCCACGCCAGUCUCUCCUUGCGGCCCAACCAGCACAGCAAGAACGCACCCGCUGAGUGAGCAGACCCCUCCCCCUCACCCCCAUGUAGCCAAUCCGACUCCAGGGCCGCAUCCAGUGCACAUUCAGCAGCAGCAGCCUAUAACGACGAGAGCGGGCCAGCCCAACCAGCAAGCGCUCCCGGUUCACAGCCACAGCCCGCCCUUCGCCGUGCCCUGCACCCUGAUCAGCCAGGAUGCCAACAGCUUCUCACCUGAACACAGGUUCCAGAGGCAGAUGUCAGAACCAUGUCUACCUUUCCCCCCAUCAGAGAGUCAAGGGCGCCCUCAGUUCUUGCCGCAGCCUCCCAACAACAACAACAACAAUAACAACAGCAGCAGCAGCAGUAACAGUCUGCCACGUGAAGGCCGGCCACCGUACCACCGGCAGAUGUCAGAGCCCCUGGUGGCUGUGCCUCCCCAGGGUUUCAAGCAAGAGCUCAUCGACCCUCGAUACACCGAGCAGGGCGUCCCCACCAUGGGCCCCCCAGGUCCACCCCCGUGCCCCCCACGUCAGGCUGCUUUCCACCCAAUGGCCAUCAAGCCGGAGCCUCGUGACUUCUGCUUCGAUUCUGAAGUGCCUAACUGUCAGUCAUCAUUUGGGAGAGCGGGGAGCUUCUACCAAAAUAACCAUGAAAGCUUCUCCUUCGACAGAGAUCCUCACCUGUACUUUGAUGAUGCCUGUGUGGUCCCGGAAAGAUUAGAAGGUAAAGUAAAACAGGAGCCCUCUGUCUAUCGAGAUGGACCCCCCUACCAGCGUCGUGGCUCCCUGCAGCUCUGGCAGUUCCUGGUCACUUUGCUGGAUGACCCAGCCAAUGGCCACUUCAUUGCCUGGACCGGUCGUGGCAUGGAGUUCAAACUCAUUGAGCCUGAAGAGGUGGCUCGUCGCUGGGGCAUCCAGAAAAACAGACCGGCCAUGAACUACGACAAGCUGAGCCGCUCCCUGCGUUACUACUACGAGAAGGGCAUCAUGCAGAAGGUAAAGGUGGCAGGUGAGAGGUACGUGUACAAGUUUGUGUGCGACCCCGAGGCUCUCUUCUCCAUGGCCUUCCCCGACAACCAAAGGCCCAACCUGAAGGCCGACCCAGACAGCCUGCCAGGGCUGGACGACGACACUGUGCCCCUCACCCACUACGACGACACCACUCCCUAUCUGCUGGACACCGGGGAGCAGUGCGUGGCGGGCUUGCCCUUCCCGGACGGCUACGGCUACUAACACGCAGUGGGGUCCUUGACGCACAACACACAUGUACACGCAAACACUCCCAAAGUCUCUCGAUGCCCACUCUUUUUUUUUUAAAAUCCAGAGCUGGAACUGCUGAGCAGCUCGGAGGGAAAACCCUGCGCUCUCCUCCUCCGCCCUGGAAAAACCUUCUUACAGACUAAAACUCUGAAAGCUCCCCAGCCAAGAAUGAAUGAGGGAAAAACCUGCAACAGCUUUUCUACUGCACCAUCAUAUGAAAAAAGAGAGAGAGAGAAAGAAAGGGAGAGGUUUGUGAAACCAGUGGCGGUGUACUGGACUCGGUAGCUCUGCCCCACCUUGCAAGCUUGGGGAAGUAAGGCGAGGAGGCCGCUGCUGACACAGAGACCAAACGAAGCAAGAAGGCCUCGGGCCGCCAACUUUAAACGAACUGACAGACACCCCGCCCCCGCCUCCCCUUCUUUGUACAAGACUUGCAAGAGUUGUUACAUUUUUGAUUUUGUGACAAUCUGCUUUUUCUUAAAAACAAUCAAAUAACCAACAGAGAGUAAUCUUUUAAAGUCUAAUGAGAUAUUCUAAAUGCAGCACUAUUCUAUAGUUGCCUUUUUGGGUCCCCCCAUUUUUAUGUCACCACAUCUGAACUGUAAGAUCCGUGAAAGGGCUUUAAUUUGCAAACACGGAUUGACAAAAAAAAAAAAAAAAGACACUCACACACACACACACACACACACACAACAUAUUGUGAACCCACAAAUCAGUUUGUUUUCUGUAGAUAUGACUUUUUUUUUUUUUUUUUUUAAUAUGCCAGCUGUUCCACACUUCUGUUGAGACUUUAGAGACCCGGAGCUCUCAGGAUCCUGGGCCGUCGCUGUAUUUCAGGCUAGUCGAUUGGGCUGCUCUCUCUUGUAAAUGUUGUGUUCUUUAAUCGUUCUGCCCAUGUAAGAGAUUGUAUCCGCUUCCCUUUAGAGAUUGCACCCCUCCUCCUCCUCCAUGUCUGUUCAUCACUGCUGGGUCCUUUUUUAUCGGUCAAGUUUAGGGACAAUUAGCACUCCAUCUCCUCCAUUUUUUUCAAAAGGGAUGCAUAUGCAAGUACGUAUUUCCCCCAGAGGAGCCGAAAAAGUUAUUAUGUAUGAUAAAUGGUCAUGUUGCUCCUUUUUUUUUGUAUUUCUGUCUGGGUGCUUAAUGUUUCCUCGGCAGUGUACUAGUACCUCUGAUGCACCAGUAUGGCAGGAGCAUCAGGAUGUUUGCAUGCAAAAAAGGUGUCAAACUUGACUCCUUCUUUUGGACACACUCACAAGUUGUCAACAGGAGACCUCUGUUUCUCUUUGCAUGGUGUAAUCAGUCAAGACUGUGUGUCCACUAACAUAUCGCUUUUCUGUCUCUGGACAAAGAAGAUAUUUGUGAUAUUCUCUGCAUUUUUUUUUGUGUUCAUUAUCUGUGUUUCUUGAAUGGGGGCAAAGACAAACUUAUAUAAAGUAUAUAUUUUUGCUAUAAGGCUGCAUUUGUUUUGAUUUUAAUGUAUAAGCUGUAUAGUUCUGGCUCUAAUAGACAUGUACCUUUUUAAAAAACAAAACAACAAAAACAAUCCUCAGUCCUUUAUGAUGCUACUACUGCAGACUGUUUCUUUAAGAGGCCUCUGUAUUGGGUUGGAGAACAGAUGAGAAGAUGUUUUUAUCUCGGUUGUAAACUAUGUGUGUGUAAAGGCCAGAGUUCCAACAAAGGCUGCACUGAAGACACACAUUAUAUCAUGGGAUCCACCCCAGGCACAGGGAUUGUCUGCACUUGUAUAGGCUUCAGUCCCCUCCCCUCACAAUGUGUUUCUUACACUGCUGAGUUUAUGAUAAUCUGUACUGGGUACAAUAAACAGUCCUCUAUGC